AUGGCUAUUGAAAAUUAUACUGUAAAAAAGGUAGACUUUAUAAUCACUGGAUUUGAUCACCUGCAGAACCAAAAGCUCCUCGGAUUCCUCGUCUUAUUAGCCUACAUGCUUAUAUUGCUUGGGAACGGCAUCAAUUUGUGUAUCAUCUCGUCUAACAGACAUUUACACAAACCUAUGUACAUAUUAAUCUGUAAUCUUGCUGUUGUUGACAUAAUGUUCUCUUCUACCUGCAGCACAACCAUGAUCUCAGUGCUGCUGGCUGAGAUAAAAAAUGUUUCAUACUACUCUUGUAUCUCAAGGAUGUUCUUCUAUCAUCUUGGUGAUAUUACAGAGUGCAUGGCUCUGACAUUAAUGGCAAUAGAUCGACUUAUUGCAAUUAGACUUCCUUUGAGAUACCACAGCAUUAUAACAAAUUCAAGACUUUUUCUGUUCAUUUUUCUAACAUGGCUUUUUGGUUUCGCUGUUAUGGCUUAUAUGAUAUCAAUAGUAGACAGUGUCCCAUACUGUCAGCCUUUCAUUAGAUAUGUGUUUUGUAAUUAUGCUUCUUUGAUCAGAGCUGCUUGUGUUGAUCCUGAACCAUAUUUUUUCAUAAGUACAAUAAUAGGUGUGGGGCCAAUAUGUGGGCAGUUUCCUUUUAUUCUGUGUACCUAUGCUGUGCUGGCAUAUAGUGUGACCAAACUUUCCAAUAACUCAAACAAAAAGCAAAUGAUCAGCACGUGCUUGAGUCACCUCAUUGUCCUGUUCAGUUUUUUUGUACCAAAGAUGAUCUCUAUUUUCCUAACACGAUUAAUAGUUGGGCUAAAUUUGACAGAGCGAAAUACAAUUUUCAUUGUACCCUCUCUAAUUUCUCCUCUAAUAAACCCUGCUGUUUACUGCACCAGAACUAAAGAGAUCAGGAACCAAUUAAAAGAUGUAUUUUUGCGCAAAAAAAUAGUACCAAAUAAUUUAAGAUCAUUUUCAAUAGCUUUAUCAUCUUAA